AUGCCAGCGUAUCACUCGACACUAAAUGAACUACAGACACAGGAAGCCUGUGGCUGUGCUAUUCUUCCCAUUAAAACACGUGCACGUGGACCAGCACCACCUGCGCCUGAAGAUAAAGAAGACAUUGUGGAUGAAAUCCUCUCGCUUUUUCGUGCAAACGUCUUGUUCACGAAUUUUGAAAUUAAGGGCAAUGCCGACCGUGUGCUCAUUUACGGAACGCUAUUCGUACAUUUAUGUCUGAAGAAACUAGACCGAUGUACUACCAAGAUUGAAGCGACGCGCAUUUUGCAGCAGACGGCAGUAGAUACCUUUGCAAUUCCUGGUGACUCCAGUUUUCCACUUGGUGGACUCGUACGCGCACCGUCAGGCGCAAACGAAGCAGAAACAAUUCGUGGAUUCUUUAAACAACUUCGUGAAGCAAUUGCCUUUCGUCUAGUAGACGAGGUGUUUCGUAACGGAGAAAAGAGCAAGUGGUGGAUGCUGUUUGCCAAGCGAAAAUUCAUGAACAAGGAGCUGUCGCGCUAA